GUCAUCAUGUUUACGUGUAUACAAUGUGGUAAAUCGUUUGCAAACAAAUCUAAUUUAAACAGACAUGGCAUAAAACACACUGACGUUCAAUUUCCUUGUCACGCUUGCAAUAGAGUUUUUAGUCAAAAAUCAAAUUUGUUGCGUCAUGUGAGAACCGUACAUCAUCUUGCUAAAAAUGGGGUUGAUUUUAAUGACGCUAUUGACGGUAUAGGACAAGUGUUUAACAAUUUUAAUCAGCGACAGCAACAACAAGAACAAUCGAAUUUAAUAACAUAUAUUCCGUCAAACGCGCAGGCUAAUGACACCCUUUUUACGACACCAAGUGAAACUGUUGACCCUCGUAACGAACUUUUAAAUCGGAUGGAUACGUCAAAUUUACCACCUGAUCAUCCAUGUUACUCAGUAGAACGCAAAAAAGUUCCGGGGACAUUCACUGAUGAAUUAGCCGGUCUUACGAUGCAUGAGAUAAUUGCAUUGCGAUCAAAAUUGUACGGGUUCAGCAAAGAAAACAUUUAUAAGUCUCUGGAAACAGAAUGGAAUACAGAAGAAAAAAUAAAAGCUAAAGGUAUAAGAACUUAUGUAACUCAAAAACACAUGGUUCUUGACGACUUUAAAAGAUGUCUUUUCGAUGAUGACAGUGAUGAUGAUUUGGACAUUUACGGUUUAAAUAAAGCAGAAGCCAAAAUGAUUGCUCAUAAUUGUGCUCUUAAGACCGUAGAGUAUGCUCACCAUGACUUAAAUACAGCGGGUAGUACAUCCUAUCGCUACGAUUAUACUCCAUACAGAGAGAAUAUAUCUAUACGAUCAUUCAAACAUCAAAUUUGUACCAUCAAAACAAUGAAAUUAGCACUAAACCGAAAUGAUGAUAAGAGGAUCAUACUUCAUGACAGAAUUCACACUUUAGCGAUUGGUCAUUAUAAAAUCAAAGAACUUCAAGAGGCAGGCGGAUUAUAAGAAUGCAAC